AUGCAGCGCCCCCUCCGAGAGGUCAGACUAUGCUCAAUUUGGUCGCAUGGCGCGAUUGGUGAUUUCGUAGCCAUCAUAUUUAUGGCAGACAACUUGUCGGAAUGGACUUCCAAGCUGAGUCGAAGUUGUAAGCACCCCAUGAUGGCACAGCACCGGACCAGAACGCCGCUUAGCACCUGGACCUGGCGAGACUGUGACGGCCAUGGGCUUAGUGGUCGUACCCAGAUCCCGACCAACAUCCACCUGGAUCUGUUGGCAGCCGAAGCCAUUCCCGACCCCUUCAUUGGCAAGAAUGAAGCAGAUGUCCAAUGGGUGCACAGCAAGACUUGGGCCUACAAGACGACUUUCGAGUUCCAACCCUCCCGCCAACAUGAGUUCGUGGAUAUGGUGUUCGAAGGUUUGGACACAUUCGCCACUGUAAAGCUCAAUGGGCGCGAGAUUCUCAAGACCGACAAUAUGUUCAUAUCCCAUCGUGUGGAUGUGACAGACUUGCUGAGAUCGGACAACGAGUUGGAGAUAGUCUUCGCAUCUGCAUACGAUCGAGGUGAAGCCUCAAGGUCUCAGAAAGGCCACUUACUGGCCUGGAACGGACAUUAUGGCCGGGUCUACGUACGCAAGGCUCAGUAUCAUUUCGGCUGGGAUUGGGGCCCAUCUUUGGUGACUUGCGGCCCUUGGAAGCCUGUAUACCUUGACCGAUACACGCACCGAAUUGAGGAUGUCAAGGUAAACGUCGAUCUAUCCGAAGACUGCAGCGAAGCAUCGGUCACAGUCGAAACCACCAUCGAACCAUGCCUCCCUUCACAACUUAGCGAAGUCAAACUGCUAGAUCCCGAUGGAACUGUUCUGGAUACUCAAAAGAUUCAGACGAACACAGCAAACUUCAAGCUUACUCAUCCAAAAUUAUGGUAUCCUCACACCCACGGCGCUCAGCCUCUGUAUCAGAUCAAUGUCAUUGUGCGCUCCGAGUCGGACAAAGUUCUGGAUUCGAGAAAACAAACUUUUGGUGUUCGUCGUAUCGAGUUGAUCCAAUCACCUUUACAAGACGGCUCUACGUUCUACUUCAAGUGCAAUGGUGUGCCCAUAUUCAUGGGCGGCAGCAACUGGAUCCCGGGUGACUCCUUUCUGCCCCGGAUGACAGCUGAAAGGUACCAGAGAUGGAUUGAUCUGGCUGUCAGAGGCAACCAGAACAUGCUUCGUGUCUGGGGCGGCGGCAUAUAUGAAGACGACGCAUUCUAUGACGAGUGCGAUCGAAAAGGAGUUCUAGUCUGGCAAGAUUUCUGCUUCGCAUGUGGACAAUAUCCAUCCGACGAGGCGUUCCGGGAGAGCGUCAAGCAAGAAGCCAUUCAAGCAAUCCGGCGCCUGAGGCACCACCCAUCUCUUGCUAUCUGGGCAGGUAACAAUGAAGACUACCAAAUCGCAAACGAAGGUCUUUCCCAUGAUAUGAAGAUGCUGGAGGACAAGUGGUUGGAGUCCUCGUUCGGAGGCCGCUUCAUCUAUGAGAGGAUCCUACCCGACCUGGUUCAAGCGCAUUCUGCAGGAACACUAUACUGGCCUGGCUCCCCGUUCGGAGGGGUCGAUAACAACAGUGACCGCACGGUCGGCGACGUCCAUAUAUGGAACGUGUCGAGCGGCAUGCUUCUGCCGUACCAACGUUACCCUGACAUUGCUGGUCGCUUCGUGUCCGAGUUUGGGAUGCUGUCUUGCCCGGCGCUGGAAACUGUCAAGUCCACCUUUUUCGGCAGCAGCAAAGACCUGCAUCCUCAAAGCGAAGAGUUCGAGUUUCACUGCAAGGCGAGUUCAUAUGAGAAGCGGAUGUUUACUUGUAUGGGGGAGAACUUUCGCAUGUCGUUCAAUCUACCCACGUACGUGUAUCUGACGCAACUGGUUCAAAGCGAAGCCAUGGGUUAUGCUUUUCGAGGGUGGCGCCGGCAAUUUGAGCAGAGAAAGUGUGGAGGAGCACUGGUCUGGCAGACGAACGACACAUGGCCGGUGGUCAGCUGGGCGAUUGUCGACUACUUUGAGCGUCCAAAAAUGGCCUACUAUGUCAUCUCACGAGCCUUGAAGCCUCUAGUGACAGGCAUUGCUAGGAUAGAAAAGAUCAACCCCCGACCCAACCAGCAGCACGAGGCAUUCGUUACCGGAAAGACCAAGGCCGACGCGGCUGGUGUCAUUGCUCAUGCAACGCCUCAUAUAUAUCCUCCUAAAGACUCGACGUAUUCCGUCUGGGUCGCGAAUGCGACCACCACGUCAACAGAACUGAGCAUCCGGGUACGAUUUAUUGGUGUACAAUCGGGACUCGAGGUGCGGCCGUCCAUGGAGCAGACGAUCCAAGCCAAAGCCACUGGGACCACGGAAGUAAUGCAUGGCGCCACCCCGAAAGCAAACGAGCCCAUCGUGUUGGUGUCCGAACUCUUCGACCUCGAUGGGAGGCUUGUUUCGCAGGAGGUGGACUGGCCUCAACCACUCAAACAUCUCACUUUCCCGGACCGUCAAUUACAGGUCGAGACUUCUCGUGAGGGAGUUUUAGAGGUCUCAGCAGCGAAGCCUAUCAAAGGCCUGUUCUUCACCAAUGAGGGAGCCGAGUGGAGCGAUAACUGUCUCGAUGUUGUGCCCGGUCAGAAGCUGACAGUCACUGCCAAAGGCCUGAAGGAGAGACCACAAUGGGUAUACUAUGGUAUGGAGGAUUGA